GCUGUGCUUGCGCGUAGCUAACGAAAUUACAAUUAGAGUUGUCUCCUUAAGGAACUUAUAUUUACGAUCUGUUUCAAGAAAAUAAUCAAUGUGACAUUCUUAAAAACGACGUGUAGGAUAUUUGGACAAAAUGCAACAGACGAAAUGUGUAUAUCAAACAGAAUCGAGGAGGGGGGAGAUAGUUUCUAAGGGUAUACUUAAAUCCAGGCGAAUUUUGCCCUUCGACGGUCUAUCUCUCUUCGUCGCUUGUAGCGAAAUGAGGAAGAACAAAAGGCAUGUUCUUUCUCUUAUCGGUCCGUUCCAUUUUGAGAGGAGAAUUGAUGGAGGGACCAGCCGACCCUCUUACCUCGUUAGUGCCUACACCACAAAUAAAACUCUAUGUUUUAUCAAUACUGGUAAUUUCAACAAUAAGAAAAACUCCCUGAUCCUACCCUUCGAGGCCUGCAUGGAGCCGUACCGCUUGAAUUUAUCCCUUAUCGAUAUUGUACUAGCUCUCACAAAGGAGGAAACGUAUUUCCGUAACCAUAAUUCUCCUUGUAAAUUCACCUUUCCUCUAAGCCUCUGCUCCCAAUUUAUCAAGCCUACCGAUAUCCCGGCGGGAGAAUCAACCUCCAAUUUCGUUUGGGUUUCCAGCGGCCCCCUUAUUCAACUCAGUCAUUUCUUGUAUGAAAACCCGCACUAUCAUCUAUUCAAAUAUCUCAGCCCUAUCACUGCUGGAAGUUUAUACCAACAGAGUUUGGCUAAGAACUCCCUUUGGACGCUUCCGAGGCUUAUAGACAUAGGCGUCUCUUAUUGGAUUGAGUACAUUGAAUACGUAACGUAA